GUUCAAAAUGGCUCCUAGUUCGGAAAUCCUCGCCAGUGCUCAACCAGAUCCCGACUUUCUCGAGGCAUGUAUCUUAAAAUCCGCCAGCCCUCCGCCGCUUCCGAACAAUAUUGACAUACCAACUCUUCGAGCUGCAUCAAAUAAGCACAAAAAUGAGGCGCGAGACGCGCUAGGGGGCCCUCCUCCGGACUUGACCGAGCGAGAUAUUGAGAUACCUGUUCGCGACGGCAGCAAAAUUCUCGCAUAUGUUUAUUCUCCAUCAGAUAUUGUUCCAGGGGAUGAACUUCCGAUUCUCUUGUUCUUCCAUGGCGGUGGCUUUUGUCUAGGCACGCGCCAUGAUGAUAUGGAGUCCAACAGAAUCUUAGCCCUCAAAGCUGGUAUUAUUGUCGUCUGCCUUGACUACCGUCUUGCACCUGAACAUCCUUUCCCUCAGGCUAUUCAUGAUGGAGUUGACGCAUUGCAAUGGAUCGCUCAAAAUCCGACGCAAGUUCACCCAUCCGCGUCGCCAUCAUCAGGCCUUAUCGUCGGUGGCACUUCAGCAGGAGCAAACAUCGCCAAUGGUGUUGUAUAUCAAAACCGCGACCUUGGAUCUCCCGCAAAAGUCGCUGGGCAGUUCCUAAGUGUCGGCCCUCUUCUUCCUCCUCCCUUCGUUCCCAAGACGUAUAAGGACGACUACAUCAGUCAUGAGCAGAAUAAACACGUAACUAUACCUCCAGAAGAAGUGGCGCGGCUAUUUGUUGCUGCGUAUAAGCCAGACCCAGACUCACCGAUCGCAGUGCCUGCUGUUCAUCCAUCAGGACACUCAGGAAUACCUCCGACGUACUUCCAAGUCUGUGGGAUUGACGGUUUGAGGGACGAGAGUAUCAUUUAUGAGCAUAUACUUCAACAAGAGAAUAUUGCGACGAGACUAGAUCUGUAUCCUGGUCUGCCCCAUCACUUCUGGGAAUUCUUCCCUCAAUUGACCAAACAGGUUGAGAGAAGAACAGAUGAUACAGUGGAAGGAAUUAAAUGGUUGCUGCAUGUGACGAACCGGCGAAAGGCACACGACGGCGGAGAUGUCGAAGCCAGCCCAAGUUCAGAACCUUCCGGUCCUCAUUAUCGAAGCAACAGUCAGCCCUUCGCUGGUAGACUCGGUGCCAAUCAGGCUUAUGUCGUUGAGGGAGGUACAUCGGAAGAUGACCACUUACUGCAUCAUGCUCCAGAUGCUACGCCACAUAUGUCGUUCUGGGAAUUAAUGGAUAUGCGUCCGAUCAAGAACCUGGAUCUGUGGAAAGCGGCACUUAUUGAAGGAAUUGGCACUUUGCUGUUUGUUUAUAUCACAAUAUGGGUCAAUCUUUCACCAGACAUAGCUCCCGCUGCUCCAACACAACGCUUUGGGAGCUUCGACAAUGCCACCUUCCUCGGGCCACUGAUUGGUGGUAUAACCAACUUGAUCUUCAUAACAUUGUUCAUCACGUCCUUUGGAGCGAUUUCUGGUGCACACUUCAACCCUCUGAUCACCUUCGCGACUUUCUGCGCUCGGCUUUGCUCACUACCGCGUCUGAUACUCUACGUCGCAGCUCAAAUCGGCGGCGGUACCUUGGCUGGCUUAUUAGUCAGAGCAAGCUGGGGAGGUCGGGACUUCAAGGUUGGCGGAUGCUGGCUGUUCACUGAUAUUGUCCCGCCAAGGGAGAUAUUUGUGGUCGAGUUAGUGUCAUCUACUCUUCUCCUGUUCCUAGCUUUUGGUGUUGGUCUGGACCCACGACAAGCGAAAAUCAUAGGUCCUGCCUUGGGUCCAUUUCUCGUGGGUUUGAGUGUUGGUACUAUGAGCUUCGCUAGUGCUUUUACAAGAUAUGGGUACGGAGGUGCGGGUUUGAACCCUGCGAGAUGUAUGGGAGCGUUCGUUGGAAGUCGGUUCCCAGGCUGGCAUUGGAUGCAUUGGGUUGCGAAUGGGACUGCCUGUGUUAUUCACGGCAUAUGCUAUUAUUUCAUUCCACCUUGGACAGAAGUUCGGCAAUGAGAGCUUCUUACAUUCUUUGCCCUCCAUGGAAGAAUAUACUUGAUCGGGAUUUCAAUGAGAGCAUCUCAUGUAUUGCAUCAUUGAGGUGGGGGUGGUGCUGAAUCUGCAUGCACGUAUCUAAUAAUAGCAAACGAGGCCUGCAACUGCUAAUUUGAGUGCCAGUGGCACUCUUGAUAUUGCCAAUGCUGAUGCACUUGAAAAGUAGCAUGUCUCAACUAGCCAGUGUCAGGAAUCUUCAUGUUUGUAUCAACUUCCUUUCAGUAGUAGAGAACGAGGAGGGCUAUAAGCCAAAAUUAACAGGUGACAUGUAUGGUUACAUACCUUUUAGUAUCCUGCAUGUUCACUAAGAAUAAAAACCAUCUUCAUUGCCAUUGGGUCUGUGACCUAAGCUGCAUAUGGUGGAUCGCUUUGACCUCCCCACGAUUCUUCAACUCUGCAUCUUCAAUCAUCUGGUCAAACAUAACCCGAUCCGCUAACUUUGAUUCAGUAGCAG